GUCCAGACUCCACUCUCAUUCUUCAGUGUUGCUACAACACAAAGUCACAAAGCCCGCUAUCUUUUCACAGCAACUUUGAACUUUUGUCCCAUUAAACAAAAACCGACCCAAACCCUCCUCGACCAAGCAUUGUUUGGAAAUUGGAAGUCAAGAAUUUCACUGUAGCAGAAAUAGAUAGUACCAAGUUUCUUCUUCAAUGAAGAUGUUGUAGAUUCAUCACUUGUAUUUUGCAUUCUGUUUUGCACUUUCAUGAAUGCCACAGCUUUAUAGCCUAAACUUAAAGUAUCUGCAGUUGCUGAGAAGAUGACAAUGAGGCUGAGGCGUCAAUUAGUUGGUACUAGCUUUUUUUCUUGUUGUCUCUCUUCUUCUUCUUUUCCCCUUUCCCCUUUCUUUUAUGCUUUUCAUUUUCAAUUUCAUUCACGCAAUUAUUACUCCAUUGCAACUCAUGAACAUCGUCAGUUGUUUCUUCAAUCAGUUAAAGAACACUGCAAAUUAGGGUUUUCAAAUCUCAAUUUCCCCCUUUCUCUCUUUCAUCAAAUGACUUCAUUGCACCCUCUUCCUUCUGUUAUCGACUUCAAUCAGCUCUUCACUGCCAUUUCCAAAUUGAAGCGCCUUCAACCUCACUCCACCAUUAUCUCUCUCAUCAGAGACCUUGAGUUCUCUGGCAUUCGACCCGAUAGGCAUUCUAUUGGUAUUCUUGCCAACUGUUACUGCCAUUUGGGCCGUGUUGAUUUCGGCUUCUCUCUUCUCGCCAAAAGACUUAAGCUUGGUUACCCCUUUGAUGGUGAUUGUGUUAUCUUUACUACUUUAAUCAAUGGCUUUAUCCACUGUGAUAAGCUUCCUCAAGCUCUUCAAUUGCUCGAUCAAAUUGUUAAGCUAGGUUUCCAACCCGAUAUUGUUACCUAUGGUGCUAUUUUCAAAGGUCUUUGUCGGAUUGGUGACAAUGCUUCUGCCCUCCACUUGCUUAGGAAAAUGCAAUCGGGAACUUGUGAGCCUAAUCUUAUCAUAUAUAGCACCAUUAUUGAUAGUCUCUGUAAGGAUAGGCUGUUGAAAGAGGCCCUCAACCUGUUCACCGCCAUGAAAAGUGAGGGCAUUAUACCCGACGUUGUCACUUAUAACUCCUUGAUUAGAGGUCUCUACAACUCCGGCUCCAAGGUCGAGGCUAAAGAUACGCUAGCUCAGAUGUUGGAGUGUAACAUAACACCAAGUGUUAUCACCUUCAGCAUGCUUGUUGACAUGUUUUGCAAAGAUGGGAAUGUUGAUGAAGCACAAGCUAUUCUAGACUACAUGAUUGAGAGAGGUGACAUUCCAAAUGUCAUAACUUACAAUGCUUUACUCGAUGGUUAUUGUUUGCGUGGUCAGAUGGAGGAUGCGGAAAAACUACUUGAUUUGAUGGCCAAGAAUGGUUGUGAGCCUGAUAUUGUAAGUUUUAGCACUAUCAUUAAUGGAUAUUGCAAGGCUAGAAACAUGGACAAGGCCCUCAACUUGUUCCAAGAAAUACUUCAGAAAGGGAUGACACCUAAUGUUGUUACCUAUACCACUCUUAUUGAUGGACUAUGCAAAGCCAAUAGACUCCCACUUGCGCGUGAAUUGUUCAAGGAUAUGCAAGGUCAUGGAAUUACUCCUGAUGUUGUCACAUAUGCUUCAUUGCUUCAUAGCUUAUGCAAAAAUGCUUUACUUGAUGAGGCAGUGACAUUACUUGAAGAAAUGGAGAAUGGUGUUAAGCCUACUGUUGUCAUAUACGGUAUCCUAAUGGACAGCUUGUGUGAGGCUGGGAAACUUGAAGAUGCUGCAAAAUUCUUCUUGGAUCUUGUAUUGAAAAGGCUGGAACCUGAUGCUAAAAUAUACACAAUUAUGAUAAAAGGCUUGUGCAAGAAAGGCCUCAUGGAUGAAGCUAAUCAACUGUUGAGGAAAAUGGAGGAUGAUGGUUGCUCCCCUAAUGAAUUUACAUAUAAUACAAUCAUUAGAGGAUAUACUCAAAAAGACUUAUCAAAUGCAUCGUAUUAUUGUGAUCUUAUGGUUAGCAAGGGAUUCAAAGGUGCUGACACUUUCUCAUUACUUAUUCACCUUUUGUCUUCAAAUAACUUAAGUGACUCAUCAAAGGACCAAGUGCGGAAGUUCAUCAAUCGAAUAGAUGCUAAGUUGUAACCUGUAAUUCUCUUAUUGAUGGCCUAAUUAAAUCUAGUAUUACAUUGGAGUAGUAUCUUGCUGUACCUUUUAGUUUCCUUGUUUUACUAGGAUGCCUUUUCUUUAUAUAUUGCCAUUUUAUAUGCACGUUUAACAAUUAUCUCCCAUAAGAACUUCAAGGAAACUCCAUCUUAAGGAUUUACUUUGGACAUCUUCACUCUCACUUCAUUGCUUGGGUCCUAUGCAAAAGUGCACAGCUUGGGGAAGCAAUGACAGUGUUUUUGGAGAUGGAAGUGGCUUCUGAUAUUGUCCUCUGUUAUAUGUACAAACUGUUAUUAGUGGACCA